AAUAAAUCACAAAGCUAAUUAAUGUUUUUAUAACCGAGGGUUUUCGCCAAUUACGUUACUAUUAGGUAGCUAAUCAUUCGCUUUACCAGAGCUUUGCUACCUAGCCGCAGACUUUGUACUGUUACCUAAAGUACCUGCUAUGUGAACCAAGUAGUGAAGGCUGAUAGUCUCAGGCAGUGACAUGGCCAACCCUUUGAGGAGAGAGGUUAGACAGCUGUACAAGAAUCUACUGUAUCUGGGACGGGAAUACCCCCAAGGAGCAGACUACUUCAGGGAGCGUCUGAACAGUGCCUUUAUGAAGAACAAAGAUGUCACAGACCCAAAGGAGAUCAGAAAGCUUAUCGACUGUGGAGAAGUUGUGAUUAAGGAACUGGGGACCCUGUACUAUCUGAGGGAAUAUAGAACCAUGAAAAAGCGUUUCUACGAAGAAGAAUUGUUAGGCCUGCUGAAUAUAGGCAGGCCGAUAGACUGAUAGCCUAGAUGUUUGGCAGCUGAAUCUUCAGUAUGCGGGUUGCUCCAUGAAUUGAGAACAUUUUGGGUUGUUUAACUUGGUCCCCAACAAAUAAUGAUUUCGCCUCAUUUUAACAUGCUGUCUGUCAUAAAGAGCACAUGUUCAACUUUGUAAAAACAUAUUUUCCAUGUCAAGGGCUGAAAUAAAACGAAUGACUAGUAAGUGCUUUUAAAGUAA